AUGAAACUCUCUGUUGGGUUGCAUACUUGUCUCCUCGGCGUUAUUACGCAGUAUGUUGCACAAUCAUGGGCACUAUCAGGAGAGGCGAAAGCAAUGGUUGAAGACUCUAUGGAGUGGAUGGAUAGGUUCUACGACCCCAAGAUCUCACAGCUGUACGACCUCAACUCCAACGCCGCAAUGAACCACGAGACACUGGCCUCUACGUGGUAUGCGGUCGGGCUUCUUGCACGGAACGGCGACGGCGAUGCCUCAAGGGCUGAGGAUGUCAUAAGAUAUGUUAUCAAGGACCAGCACGACAAUCCCAAAGAUUUGUGGUAUGGCGACUAUACGCGAGAACCAGAGGAGCCAACGGUUGGAACAGCAUGGUACCCUGCCAAAAUGUACGGAUCGUGGGACCCCAAUUGGCGAGGUUUUGUGGGUCUCAGCUUCAUCACGAUAUACGAAGAGUUCGGCGAUCUGUUAUCUGACGAUUUGAAGGGGCUUAUGCUGGACAGUCUAUAUAACUGCAGUAUUGGCGACUCGUACCGCGUGGGUGGUGUCAACGGAGAUAAUCUCUAUCCAUCGUACAGCAACCCUGCAAUCAUGCGCGCGAUCGGGACAAGCUGGACUGGUCGCCAAGUUGGCGAUGACAAUAUGACACAGGCUGGAGAGGAUUAUGCGAAAGAGAUUGUUAACCUCUUUGACUUGCAUGAUACACUUUCUGAAUUCAACUCGGCGACUUAUACCGGCAUUUCACUCUUUGGCCUUACGCUUUGGUGCAAGUAUGGCGAUGAGGAUAGUAUUCUCUCCAAGAGAGGCCCAGAUCUCUUGCGUGGUGUCUGGAAUUACACAUCGCAACUGUGGAAUCCGAGCAUGCGGAACCUCGCUGGUCCAUGGGACCGCGCAUAUACCUUCGAUAUGACCAAGUCUCUCGGCAUUCUAUCUCACUUUCUCGCGCCCAUCAUCGGGAGGAAAGAGUCAGGUCUAUGGCAGUACCCGGAGGUCAUGAGCCAUGCCCGUGACUGGGCUUGGGCACCACUCAUUGCCGUCCACUCGGAAUUCCACAACUCGUUGCUUUCGGAUGAUCUCAAGGAGUCACUGAAGACAUUUGACGGAGAGAGGACAUAUGAAGGGAAGGCUUACUAUCCGCCCUACGAUCUUGAUACCCGCAAUAUCACGACGUGGCUUAGCGAGUCGCUCAUGAUCGGAGCACAGUCGUAUCGAACAAAGAGCGCAAACGGACCGUCGAAUAACAAGGCCCAGUUCCAUCCCGCUGUUGCACAUUGGUCCUAUGAAGAUGAUAACAUCGGAUGGCUCAGCCUCCGUCCUACCGAGGCCCACGUCCUGAUGGAAGUCUCGCCAAAGAAACUGAAAGUCACUUAUCCUGAAGGGACGAGCAGUUCAGUGUUUACUUUUGUGGCGUCUCCCUCACUUGCGAAGAGGGAUGUCCAGUCGUGGGCUGAUAUUCAAGGCAUCUCGAUAUCUGUGUCUGGAAAUGCAAAUCCCGAGCCACAGAUCACAUUCGCUGGUCGAUAUGGCGGUUCAGGAAGCCCGAUUUACGAUCACAAUCAUUGGACUUUUGUCCACACAAUGCCUGCUGAGUUUGAGGGCGCUCCUGAGAUUAUCAUUGAAUUCGAAUGA